CCUGGAGCACGGAAGAUUCUUGCGGACACAAAUCGCAACUGCUAAAUAAAAUUUAUUUAUUUGAGUGCACAGCCAUGAGUCUUCACAAGUCCGCGUCGUUUAGCUUGACUUUUAACCAAAACACUUCGAUUGUUUCGCGUAGCAAUAGUCGCACAAUUUUUGAAGCUUUCAAGGAGUUCCUGGAUUUUUGGGAUAUCGGCAACGAAGUUUCUGCAGAGUCAGCAGUUCGGGUCUCCAGCAACGGAGCUUUCAACUUGCCGCAGAGUUUUGGCAACGAAUCCAACGAAUAUGCCCACCUGGCUACGCCUGUGGAUCCAGCCUACGGAGGCAACAACACGAACAACAUGAUGCAGUUCACGAACAAUCUGGAAAUUUUGGCCAACAAUAAUUCCGAUGGCAAUAACAAAAUUAAUGCAUGCAACAAAUUCGUCUGCCACAAGGGGUGAGCAAAUUCAAAACACGCGCUCCAAUCGAUAAACAUUGGCUACGGCGAUUGUUCGCGCUGCGUGGCGAAUGGCAAAAUCCAAAUAGUCGGUGGCCACUACGAUUCUGUAGUUUUUUGUUAGCGAAUUUUUAAUAUUUAGCCUCCUUCCCCAACAAGAUCGCUUGAUCAGAUAUAGCCGACUAAGAUGUAUAUAUCACAGCCAAUGUCGUGGCACAAAGAAAGCACUGAUUCCGAGGAUGACUCCACGGAGGUCGAUAUCAAGGAGGAUAUUCCGAAAACGGUGGAGGUAUCGGGAUCGGAAUUGACCACGGAACCCAUGGCCUUCUUGCAGGGAUUAAACUCCGGGAAUCUGAUGCAGUUCAGCCAGCAAUCCGUGCUGCGCGAAAUGAUGCUGCAGGACAUUCAGAUCCAGGCGAACACGCUGCCCAAGCUAGAGAAUCACAACAUCGGUGGUUAUUGCUUCAGCAUGGUUCUGGAUGAGCCGCCCAAGUCUCUUUGGAUGUACUCGAUUCCGCUGAACAAGCUCUACAUCCGGAUGAACAAGGCCUUCAACGUGGACGUUCAGUUCAAGUCUAAAAUGCCCAUCCAACCACUUAAUUUGCGUGUGUUCCUUUGCUUCUCCAAUGAUGUGAGUGCUCCCGUGGUCCGCUGUCAAAAUCACCUUAGCGUUGAGCCUUUGACGGCCAAUAACGCAAAAAUGCGCGAGAGCUUGCUGCGCAGCGAGAAUCCCAACAGUGUAUAUUGUGGAAAUGCUCAGGGCAAGGGAAUUUCCGAGCGUUUUUCCGUUGUAGUCCCCCUGAACAUGAGCCGGUCUGUAACCCGCAGUGGGCUCACGCGCCAGACCCUGGCCUUCAAGUUCGUCUGCCAAAACUCGUGUAUCGGGCGAAAAGAAACUUCCUUAGUCUUCUGCCUGGAGAAAGCAUGCGGCGAUAUCGUGGGACAGCAUGUUAUACAUGUUAAAAUAUGUACGUGCCCCAAGCGGGAUCGCAUCCAAGACGAACGCCAGCUCAAUAGCAAGAAGCGCAAGUCCGUGCCGGAAGCCGCCGAAGAAGAUGAGCCGUCCAAGGUGCGUCGGUGCAUUGCUAUAAAGACGGAGGACACGGAGAGCAAUGAUAGCCGAGACUGCGACGACUCCGCCGCAGAGUGGAACGUGUCGCGGACACCGGAUGGCGAUUACCGUCUGGCUAUUACGUGCCCCAAUAAGGAAUGGCUGCUGCAGAGCAUCGAGGGCAUGAUUAAGGAGGCGGCGGCUGAAGUCCUGCGCAAUCCCAACCAAGAGAAUCUACGUCGCCAUGCCAACAAAUUGCUGAGCCUUAAGAAACGUGCCUACGAGCUGCCAUGACUUCUGAUCUGGUCGACAAUCUCCCAGGUAUCAGAUACCUUUGAAAUGUGUUGCAUCUGUGGGGUAUACUACAUAGCUAUUAGUAUCUUAAGUUUGUAUUAGUCCUUGUUCGUAAGGCGUUUAACGGUGAUAUUCCCCUUUUGGCAUGUUCGAUGGCCGAAAAGAAAACAUUUUUAUAUUUUUGAUAGUAUACUGUUGUUAACUGCAGUUCUAUGUGACUACGUAACUUUUGUCUACCACAACAAACAUACUCUGUACAAAAAAGCCAAAAGUGAAUUUAUUAAAGAGUUGUCAUAUUUUGCAAACAU